GAUAUGGAGUGCAGAAUGAUACCACGAAAAUCUCUCUUUGCGCACCAUACCACAACUUGCUUCUGCGCAUGUACCUACGUGAAGGAGCACGAGAUUUCCUCCUUUGCCUCUUGCGUCAGCUUGUCAUUCGACGCAGAAACGUCGAGGUGAAGUGUUGUGUUGAGGAAUUUAGCAGGAAUUAUAUAACCAGGACCACUGUUCAAAGUGCGUGUUAGUUUCUCUGUAAAAGUGGGCGUAACAGCUUGUACAAAACAAUUGGGAAACAGUUGCUAGGCAUCAUUUUCUAUCUGAACCUUCCAAAUAAAGUGAAGUUUCAAGUGAAGUGUCUUGUUUUUGCGUAGUUUGUGUUGCCGAGGGCGUCACGACGGCUUCUCUACCAGUGUGUUGUUGGGACGAGGACGUUAGUUACUACAGUGAUACGGACAGUGAAGCUUCUUCAAAUUAUUGCGUGGCAGGGUUGUCAUCGCAACAAGCAUGUUAUGUUGGUUACAGAACAAUGGAUUCACCGCAGAUGUAUGACAACAAUACACAUCCUUCAGCUAUCAAUCCCUCGGACGCUCACGCCAUAAAUUCCAAUAAGAAAUCGGUGGUGAAUACAAAUAACAACAACAUUUCAACAAUCAACAAUAAUACCAGUAAAUCUGCCACUAGCUUGCUGGCUAAGCAGCAUCAUCAUUUCCAUCACACAGAUCAUCAGAGCGAACUGGCAGACUUAAAUACCCCAGAAAUUUCCCUUGACCUCCAGAAUUUGAUUGACGACAGUCAGUUCAACGAAGGUCUGUUCACAGAUAUCCUGAAUCCUGGUAAAACAAAUCCUCACCAUCCAAGUUCCAUAGCACAUCAUCAGUCUGUCAGAGGGCACAAUACCUUGAUUCAAGGCAGUUACCCACGCACCACCCUUGCGUACAUGCCCCAACCCGUUCAUUCAGGCGCAGCAAAUUACAACACAGCUAACACAACCAAUAACAACUCUAACGCCUCCAGUUCCUCAGAAAAUUCCUCAGCAUCCUCAGUGAGCGUUCCAAGCAUCAAAGAGGAGCCAGUUGAUCCAGCGGACUUCAGAAACGCUUGUCAGCAGCAGAAUAUCACCUCCGGCACCACGGCGGCCGUUCCCGUCCCAUAUUCGUCUUCAUAUUCGCCGCCUUCGGGCGCCGGAAGUAAUUUCGUCAGUAACGGCGCCGGGUCAACGUUCACCACGUUGACACCUUCAACCGUACCUGGCGCUGCCUCAAAUGUCCAUCACCAACAUUCGUCUCUGAUUGGAUUAGGGAAAAAUAUUGCCCUCUCUAAACCCAAUCCACACCACCACCAUCAUAGCAACAGCAGAAAGAGUGGCAAAUCAGUGGAUAAGGCAAGCGACGAAUAUCGGAGACGUCGUGAAAGAAAUAACAUCGCUGUGCGAAAGUCGCGAGAAAAGGCGAAGCUUCGUUCGAGGGAAACGGAGGAAAAAGUUAAACUUCUUGUCAAGGAGAACGAACGUCUGCAGAAACGAAUUGAACUUCUGAGCGAGGAACUGAACGUCCUUCGAUCCUUAUUCGCUAAUGUGGGCGUCGUACCGGAGCAUCUCCAUAGGGAGAUUAACAGGCACCUGGACACUGUGCAGCAACAGCAGCACCAAGGAUUAUGAGAAACCGAACCCGGGAUUUUGGCGGAGCCCAGUGUACACAUGGACCAGGUGCGAUGGCAGCAACACGACGAUUGGUCUCUGGCCCACGAUUUUCCGACCGUGUGCCAGCGUCAACACAUCAAAGGCGUAUGAGGAUUCAAUCAAAUAUCCAUUUCACCGCCAUCAAAGUUCCCGUGAAAGAAAUCUGUAUCCAAGGUGUAAUCAAUUCAGAAGUGGUGAUAUUACGGAUUCGAUUCAGGGAGGUGAAUAUGAGUGGUUACUUUUCUGUAAUAAUGCACGAUGUAAUUGCAUCUAUUGCAAACCAGAUCUUUCGUGGCAAUGUAGAGGCUCCAUUCAAGUAAGCGCUCGAAUGUGCCCUGAUAAUCCUGUCACUUAUGCAAACACUAUUUAUGGUUGUGAGCAUAGCAUUCAUUCGGAACAUACAGAUAACCAAGAACUAUUUACGCUGUGCUCACCGAGUGAUUUGCAGCCAGGGUUUCGUCGUGAUAUAAGGAAGUGUAAAACAAAGUACCUCAACAACCAUCCGAGAAUUAAACAUUUUUCGUAUGAUCGUAGUGACACGAUAAAAUAUAAACAUUCUUCAGAGCAGGAACAAAACUGUUAUAUGACUGCAGAAUGUUACAGAAAUGACUGUGGUGAGAAUUAUCUACAUCUUUUUGUAUUUGUUAACACUUUGGUAUUGAAAAUUGGAAUUUCGUAUGCUAUUCGGCAUUGUAGAUCUCUUACAUGUGCAAAUGAAACCAAAGUUGAGAUGUUGACGACCACAAAGUCUUUCUGCAGUUUUGCAUUUAUUUUUGUUGGCAGUUCUGAGAUGUACUUUUAUAGUUUGUGUGACAGAACCAAAAUUCUGUGCCUUGUGAACAUGAUGUACCACUGGUAUGUUCUAAUUGUUGUGAAAGUGAUACGUAGUGACGGCAAAUGUAUCAGACCAAAACGUGGGAGAACUGACAAACAACAACAUGGUUCCUGUGUUUUGUUGUGUUUCAGAAGUAAUGGUUUUAAUCCUGCUUUAGCCAAACCAUCCUGACAGUGAACAAAAUAUAUUUUAGAUUUCUUGUAUUAACUUUAAACGUGGGUGCUUACCUUUAGGAUAAUUUAAAUUCGUAUUACAUCCUUCAAAUAUGCUGAUUUCUUUGAUUUGAGUGUAGCAUUUAGUUUUCAUUAUUAUUAAAUUUUAGUGUUAAUAUUAAAAUAUUCGUAAUCAAAAAAUUCUCAUUUCUAGUUUUCGACUUUUGAAGGAGUGACGUAAUUUUACAUACUAACUUGUCCGUUCCAAGUGUUGUGAUUUUUUAAAAAUGCCAUGUUAUAUAGCAUAUUUGUAUUUCAAUAUAUUAUGAGUACAUAUGUAAAAUUAGUUGUUGUAUACAGUAUGAAUUGUACUAUAAAAGAUUAUACAGUGUUUAAAUAUCUGAGCAAAGCAGAGAGAAUCGUGUGUUAAUGCACCACUGUUUUCAAUGGUUCCAGCAAUUUGGUCUUGAAAUGUAAAAUUUUUAAGCCUGAAUCUACUCUGAUUGGUGCUGUCACGAAUGUGUAAAAUGCUUAUCAAAAUAUGCAACAUUAUGUUUUAAUUUCAAAUAGAUUUUUUUAAACUUUUAAUAACUGUCAGUGAUUUCUACUUUUAAGGAAUCGUGUAAAAACAUUGUAUUAAUACAAAUCAUCUGUUAAGUAAAAUCACAUUUUAUUGUUCAUAUAACGCCUGAAAUAGCCUCGUUGAUUUAUAUACAGUUUUUAUUCUUUAGUAAUGUAAAUUACCGAAAAAUGAAACUGAGGUCAUGCAUGUAAUUUUAACAAAUAUUUGUCAAUUUUUCGAAAUGCAAAAUAAUGUUUUUUUUGUGCUUUUAGAUUCAUUUUGAAAUUAAGAACAUGGUCAUAUAAGAUGGCAGUCUUUGAGGCGCUCAUAAGUGUAAUUUUAUUAAUACAUAUCUUGUAUUUAUGAAUUAAAAAGUAUUUAUUAUUUACAUUGUUGUGGUGAGUGUUAACCAAAUGCUAAAUGAAAGAUGGAUAGCUCUUGUGUGGAAGAAUAUGUGCAUAAAAUAUAUUUUGAUACAAAAUUCAUGAAUUGGAA